AUGGCCGCCAGAGGCUUUCGAGGCCGCGGGCGCGGCAGGCGCGGCGGCGCCGGGCGGGGCCUCGCGCCGACGGCUGUCGACGAGGACGGCAAGCUGCUCACCGACCAGAUCAGCGGACCGCCCGCAACCUUCCCGGAGAUGGAAGAAAUGCCCAGUGUGCCAGAGAUAACCGAACAAGAUCAACGGCUGUUGGACGGGUGGCACCGGUUGCGGCAUGCAUAUCAGACAGGGCCUUUCCACCUGCAGAACAAGGAGACAAAAGGUUAA